AUGGGUAUUCUCUUAAGCAAACAACCAGACACUCACUUUCAACAACAGCAAUUCGAAUUACAAGUACAACGAGAUGAACUUAUUAAGUUAGAAAAAGUAUAUCAAAGUGAUAUUGACAGAACAACUAAAAAAGCAAAAGAAUGGUACAGAAAUGGAGAAAAAGAAAAUGCCCUUAGACUAAUAAAAUUAAGAAAAAUUCGUGAAAGUAAUUUAAAGAAGAUCCAGUCUCAACGCGAUAAUCUUGAAGCUGUCUUAAUAGAGUUGGACGCUUCAAAAAGAAACCUUGAAAUAGCAGAAUUAAUGGAAAAAGGUAAUAAAGAAAUACAAAAAAUAUUAAGUCAAAUACCUAGAGAACGUGUUGAGGAGAUUAUUAAUACAAAGAAAGAAAAUAGCGCUAAACUAAAGGAACUUGAUUCCUUGUUUGAACAAUUCAAUGAUAUAGGUGAUGAAAAUCAAAUUGAAAAAGAAUUAAACGAACUUUCUCAAGAAAUUAGUGCUGAAAAAGAAGGUGAUGUAGAAACAAUGAAAAGUGAACUUAUUGCUGAGUCAUUACCAAAAGUUAAUGUUCAAAGUGAUGUGUCAACAUCUAAACGAAAUAUAAUAACAGAAACUAUUUAA